UCGUUUCAUUUCAUUUGGGUAUGAAACUGGCGGGAAAAUCCAUCCACGCAAAAAUCAAAACCCUACUACUCAUUUGCUCCAAAUCAAACUCCGAAGUUUGAAGGCGGAAACGAUGUCCGGCGGCGGGCGCGGCGGCGGCGGCAUGAAGGUGCUGCACGUGGCGGAGAAGCCGUCGGUGGCGAAGUCUGUGGCCACCAUUCUGUCUCGGAACAGUGGGGGCCUGAGAACCAGGGAGGGUCGGUCGCGAUACAACAAGAUAUUCGAGUUCAGUUACUCCAUCAAUGGUCGCCCCUGCCACAUGCUCGUCACUUCCGUCACUGGUCACCUCAUGGAGCUCGAAUUCCAAGACCGAUAUCGCAAAUGGCACUCCUGUGACCCCGCCGAUCUCUUCCACGCUCCCGUCCACAAAUUCGUCCCCGAGGACAAGUUGGAUAUCAAGAGGACAUUGGAAGAGGAAGCUAGAUGGUGCCAGUGGCUUGUAUUGUGGCUAGAUUGUGAUAGAGAAGGAGAAAAUAUUGCAUUUGAAGUGAUAGAAGUUUGCACGGCAGUAAAUCCUCAUCUUACCAUCAAGAGGGCUCACUUUUCUGCUUUAAUUGACAGGGAAAUCCAUGAAGCAGUGCAACGUCUUGUUGAGCCGAAUAAAUGUUUUGCUGAUGCAGUGGAUGCUAGGCAAGAAAUAGAUCUUCGGAUUGGUGCUUCUUUCACUAGGUUUCAGACUAUGCUGUUGAGAGAUGCAUUUGUUAUUGAUUUUACUACAGAUGACAGAAAUCUUGUUCUAAGUUAUGGUCCUUGUCAGUUCCCUACACUUGGCUUCGUUGUGGAAAGAUAUUGGGAAAUACAAGCACACGAGCCAGAAGAAUUUUGGACCAUCAACUGUUCUCACAAAUCGGAUGAAGGCAUUGCUACCUUCAAUUGGAUGCGCGGUCAUCUGUUUGAUUACACAUGUGCUGUUAUAAUUUAUGAGAUGUGUGUUCAGGAGCCAAUUGCAACUGUUACAAAGGUUAGACAACAGGAGAAAUUGAAGUAUCCUCCUUAUCCUUUAAAUACCAUUGAGCUUGAAAAACGUGCUUCGCGAUUCUUUCGGAUGAGUUCUGAACACACUAUGAAGGUUGCAGAAGAUUUAUAUCAAGCAGGUUUCAUCAGCUAUCCUCGUACAGAGACUGAUAGCUUUUCUCAGAGAACUGAUCUGCAUGCAAUUGUGCAAGAACAGCAAAGGCAUCCUGUAUGGGGACCAUAUGCACAGCAGUUGUUGGAACCUGGGUCAGGACUUUGGAGAAACCCUGGUAAUGGUGGACAUGAUGACAAGGCCCAUCCACCCAUUCAUCCAACAAAAUUUUCUUCUGGAGAAUCUGGAUGGAGUCAAGAUCACCAUAGAUUGUAUGAGCUGGUUGUUCGCCAUUUCCUGGCAUGUGUCUCCCAGCCAGCAGUAGGGGCUGAAACUAAUGUUGAAAUCGACAUUGCUGGUGAAUUAUUUUCUGCAUCAGGGAGAGCGAUACUAGCUAAAAACUACUUAGAUGUUUACCGCUUUGAGUCUUGGGGAAGUUCAACGAUCCCAACAUAUGUCUCUGGACAACAGUUUGUACCGACAUCAUUGACCCUAGAUUCAGGAGUUACUAGACCGCCACCACUUCUGAGUGAAGCUGAUCUGCUUAGUUGUAUGGACAAGGAGGGCAUUGGUACGGAUGCGACGAUGCAUGAUCACAUAAAAAAGCUGCUUGAUCGGUUUUAUGCAACUAAGGACUCGAACAUGCGUUUCUCUCCAACUAAUCUUGGUGAGGCACUUGUUAUGGGAUAUGAUGACAUGGGGUAUAAGCUUUGGAAACCAUAUCUUAGAGCAGUUAUGGAGCGUGACAUGAAAGCAGUUAGCGAAGGCACUAAGAGCAAAGCUGAAGUUUUGACAACUAGUUUGCAGCAGAUGAAAGCUUGCUUUGUAGAUGCCAGGUUAAAUAAAGUAAAACUUUUUGAAGCCAUGGCAGUUUUCUUUGAGAGGUCCAACCGAUCUGGUGGGGAUGAGCAGCAUGCAGCCGGAGAAGUUGUCAGGCCAUGUGGACUUUGCCAGGAAUCAGAUAUGGUGCUUCGGCGAAACCGGGAUGGCAAUUUCAUGGUUGGAUGCAUGGGUUAUCCACAGUGCAGGAAUGCUGUUUGGCUCCCCGGAUCUCUAUCAGAAGCAGUGGUAACCACUAAUAUUUGCAACACUUGCACUCCAGGUCCUGUAUACAUGAUUCAAUUUAAGUUCCGCCCGCUGGAAAUACCACCAAACUACAAUGCCAACCAUUUGGGUUGCAUUGGUGGCUGUGACGAGAUUCUUAGACAGCUGAUAGAAAUCUGUGGAACUGGUUCUCGCAUGCCAGCAAGAGGACGAGGAUCCUCUGCACCCGCCAGCAAUGUCCAACAAAGUAACUCUAGGCACGGUGAGGCUAGGCGCAGUGCUUGCAUAUACUGCCACCAAACAGGGCAUUCUUCAAGUGAUUGCCCAUCACAGGUUUCAGGUUCUCGAAGUGCUCAACGUCGUGGAAUGAACCCUCAAAGUGGAGAACUGUCAGUUCCAUGUAGCACAUGUGGAACACCGUGCAUUCUGCGAACUGCUAAUACGGCAAAUAACAGGGGAAGAAAGUUCUACUCGUGUCAGUCACAAGAGUGCAACUUUUUUGUAUGGGAGGAUAACCUCAACAAUGUCACUGGAGGGAAUGUUCAACGUGGAAGAACAAGUGUCUCAGCAUCUAAUACCAGCAGGAGUGGUGGCCGCGGUAGAGGUGGUCGGGGUGGAUCACGUGCUGCUACUGCAACUGCAACUUUUGUAUCAGCCACUGGUGAUCCUGUAACUGGCAGAAGAUGUUUUGUUUGCGGUGAUCCAUCACAUUUUGCAAAUGUGUGCCCAAAUCGUGGUUCUUGAUGCUGUUAAUAUGAAGAACAUUUUCAAAUAUCAAUAUAUACAUGGAUGGUCUAUUGUACAUAAAAGAAUCAGAUUUGGUACCCAUAGUUUUGUUGUUCAUGGGUAGUAAUUUAUGUAUCUUAUAAAUAGUGAUUAUCCGGUAUUGUUCAAUCAAAAUUAUACUAAUAGAUAUCA